GGCUACAUGCUGAAAAAAGGUCACAAAAGGAAAAACUGGAUGGAACGAUGGUUUGUGCUAAAACCCAAUAUUAUUUCCUACUAUGUAAGUGAAGAUUUGAAGGACAAGAAGGGAGACAUCAUCCUGGAUGGCAACUGUUGUGUAGAGGCCUUGCCUGAUAAAGAUGGGAAGAAGUGCCUUUUUCUCAUAAAAUGUCUCGAUAAAAGCUUUGAGAUCAGUGCCUCUGAUAAAAAGAAGAAGCAGGAGUGGAUUCAAGCCAUACAGACCACUGUAAAUCUGCUGAGAGCGGGGAGCCCUCCACCCCACAAAGAAGCACGCCAGAAACGAAAAGAGUUGCGCCAGAAGCUGUUAGCUGAGCACGAAGAGCUGGAGCGGCAGAUGAAAGAGCUGCAAACGGCCAACGAGAACAAGCAGAAGGAGCUGGAGACUGUGCGAAAGCAACUAGAAGCAGCAGCUGCUCGUGCUGCUGAGGAAGAGAAGAAAAGACUUCAGAGUCAAGUUGAAUUACAAGAUCGCUUCAGUUUGGAGCUGGAGAGAGAAAAAAUGGUAAGACAAAAAAUGGAAGAGCAGGUUGCUCAGAAAUCAUCUGAACUGGAACAGUAUUUACAGAGAGUACGUGAACUGGAAGAAAUGUAUAAACAGCUACAGGGAGCUUUGGAGGAUGAGAAACAGGCACGUCAGGAUGAAGAGACUGUAAGGAAGCUUCAAGCCAGAUUACUGGAAGAGGAGUCAGCAAAGAGAGCUGAACUGGAAAAAUGGCACUUGCAGCAGCAACAGACCAUUCAGAUGACAGAAGCAGAGAAACAAGAGCUAGAAAACCAGAGAAUGAUGAAGGAACAGGCUCUUCAAGUUGCUAUGCAGCAGCUGAAACAACUUGAACUGGAAAGGAAGGAGGCCCUUGAGCAAUAUGAGGAGGUUAAGAAGAAGUUGGAAACGGCAGCUAAUAACACCAAGAGUUGGAAAGAUAAAGUAGCUCAUCAUGAGGGAUUAAUUCGACUAAUAGAGCCAGGCUCCAAGAAUCCUCACUUGAUCACAAACUGGGGCCCAGCUGCUUUCACUGAAGCUGAACUUGAGCAAAGACAAAAGAGCUGGAAAGGGAAAAAAGCCACUUCUGAGUAACGACUUUAGCUGAC